UCCAACUUCACGUCGAUCAGGUUUGUGCCACGCCCUUUGCUCGCAAAUAUUCCUCUCAACCUCUUCACAAUCGCCAGUCUUCACUACCAUGGCUAUCAAAACCAAGCAUAUUCCCGUCCUCCCUCGCCCAAAAUGGCUCGAUGCCGCAGGAAUGGGCAAGGGAAUUGGACAUGAUCGCCAGCACUUGACCAUUGUUCUCGCUGCAGGCCAGACGAUCAAGGCCCGCCAAACCAACACCGCAUUCACCGGUGAACUCACACUUCGCUUGCUGAAUGACGACAACAAAACAGAGGCUUCAGAAAAGGUGGGUACCGGCUGGACUGACCUCAGUGUGGGUGUCGUCUCUGUGCCCUUCAUCGACACUUGGUACACCGAGACAUCGGAAGGUGCGGUGGAACCAGUGGUUGAAUUCGAGUAUCCCGACGGUUCAAAGCAAUUGCCCGUGUAUCAGAAAGGCCAAAGCCAAGCCGACUUUUUCAAGCAGUGGGAUAGCCAGGGGUCGGAGUUUGCGCUAAUCGACUCCAGCUACACGCAGGUUCUGGUGCCUGUGGUCGAUAAAGAGGCGCUGAGACAUCCACAAGUGGUGGACGAUAUCGAUGGUUUGAUCGGAUACUAUGAAUCGGUGUUUUCAUUCUAUAACUCCUUGGCUGGGCUGUCCUUUGAACCGGAGCGUCCGAGCGACCUGAACAGCGCCAAUCGCUACUUUAUGAAAGCGGAUAAGAAUGGUGCCGGAGGAGCAUAUUACGGCGGUAGCUGGACCGCGGCGUCAACCAAUGCAAUCAAGGACUGGUGGCUGCUUCCGGAGGCGAGCAACUGGGGCAAUUUGCAUGAGAUUGGCCAUGGCUAUCAGAUGUCCUUCCGGAAUGACCGCUAUUUUUGGAACGGUGAAGUGUCCAACAAUGUUUAUGCUGCCUUUUACCAGAGCGCCUAUCUGGGUGACCGCAAGUUCAAGGAAGGUUGGCUGUACAAUUAUGGAAAGCAGGCCCAGGUGGAACAAGGCAUCAUGAAUGAUAUUAAUUCUCACAAGUCCCUCAAUGACUGGGAUCUGCGUGCGAAGCUAUAUUUCCUUGUGCUGAUGGUGGAAAAGGCGGGUGUGGACGCCUUUGCAGAUUUCAAUCAGCAAUAUCGCCUGGUCAGCAACCAAGCGAAUUUUAGUUCUUCUGAUCAUCUGCUGCUUGAUAUGCUCUCUGACAGUUUUACUCGCGUUGGACACGUCGAUGUGACGCCUUUUGCCGAGCUAUGUAGUGGAUUUAUCUCGCCAACUCAACGCGAGAUCAACCAAUUCAGCCAAGCCAGAGCGGUCUAUCCGUUGAAUCAGCUGGUAGAAGGAGACACGUUAAUUAAGCUGCAAGCUCAGCUCCAUUUGGAGAGCUCUCUCGCUCUGGUCGAUGUCCCGCAGUUACUCGCCAGCGGGCUUAAGGGCAAUAUUACCCUCGAACUGAAAGUCGACGACUUUACCCAGGUGUAUGGGAAGACAGUCACCGUCAUGGAUGGCUCCCGCUAUGUGCGCCAGCUUCCCAUUGAAACCCAGAAUAUAAGCCUCGGUGAUUUGCCUAUCGGCGUCUACUCUCUGCGUUUACCUCUGGGUAGAAACAAAAAGUAUCAAGUGGACCAACGUUACCUCGUCGUCAAGCCCGGGUCAGCCCAGGUACAGGUAAACUUUGCCCCUCAGACAGGUUCUCAAGUGGCAACACAGGAGCUCAAGUUCCUUGGCCUUGGAGACGACCUCUUCAGUACCGUACUCAUCGACCAAGUAAACCAAGUUGUGCAAGUGGCCGUGACAAGUAAGGACCCGCAUUCUUACUUCGGAAGUGAAACCUACGCGGAGAUCGUGAUAAAAGAUAGUGGCGACACAGAGAAGUUCCGCGCCACGAUGCCAGGCGUUGGAGCAACACUGUGCAAUGAUAAAAUACACUUCGAGCCUGGCUACACGCUGGAGGUUUACCAUGCGGAGCCCAGCCACAGGUUACAGCUGAGGCCGGACUUUAACGGUGUAAUCGACCAUGAGCAAAAGACGAAUAUAUUUGAGAUAACCUCCAGUGGCCUCAAAAACAAGACACUGAACAAUGACCCAUUGACAGCCCUAUCGGCGCGGAUAGCAUCUGCAGCGGCUGUACUUCGUAAUCAUCCUACUCUGUUGCAUGCCGAGCCUCCCAGCAAAGUUGAGAUCUGGCUCGCUAUCAACCAAUUCACCGGCUCUCAGCGCGAUGAUCUCCUGAAGCAAUAUGCCGACUGCAUACCAUCUGACAAUGCCGCGGCCGGGGAGGGACUUGGUAAUUCCUUCACAGCAUCAUUCAAAGGAAUCGGUGAUUGGCAUUUCCUGACCGCAGAGUUGGAUCUGGCCGGAAGGAAACUGACCGUGCACCUGAGAGCCGGGGUUGCCCACAACUAUUUUCCCGAUACUUAUGCAUCGUUGCAGGCCAUUGAUGUUGACGAAAAUGAGCUGCUCGAUCUUGAUGUCAAGGGCAACACGACACAGAAGGCACAGGACUGGACCCUGCCGAUUUCCGGCUAUGGAGGAGAGGUGCUGAACAUCCGUCAUGAGGAAGCGCCUACCCGUCUUUUCAUCAGCAAUAAUAUGCAGAACCUUCGCCUGUCUGAUCGUGAUACAAUUCAGAGCUAUCGUGUGACCGCAACGGGGCUUCAACUUAUUCCCAAGGCCUAA